CACCAUAGUUACGGCGUCCAGUUGGGCGUGUGCCGUGGUGCAUCAUGGGAAAACAAAGUAAACGCUCGGUUGCAGCGUUCUUAAGAGGAACGAGCACAACAACGAGACUUUUCUUGUCAAAUAAACGCCCGAAGCGGCUGGUCAUGUCUGGAAGGAGGCUGCCCAAGUGUCCCGCAUCUGCGUCCAAAGACUUCAGCUCGACUCCCGUUAAAACAAGCCAGCGGCAAGACUUCCGCACAGCCAAGGGCUCGGACGACGGCGUCCUGUCGGAUGACGAAGACACAUUUUCUCUGCUUUCUCCCAUAUAUCAUGACAGCUUUGACAGCGAUGACGACCUGGAGCUCAGUCCAGCUCAGCAGGCUUCACCCAGGCCGAGCGACAACUCCAGACACAGCGUUUCACCUGUCAGAUGUGAGCUACCAAGAACACCUUCAUCACAGAUGUUGAAUGCAGCUGUGGAGGCUGCAGGCUCACCGACUCUCUCUGCAUGGGAAGUGUGGCUGGUGAACAAAGCCAAAGAAGACCGGCGCAGAUUGGAAAAGAGAGCAGAGGAGGAGCGGCUACUGAAAGAAAAAAAAGAAAAAGAAGAACGGCUGCGGGAAGAGAAGAAGGUGGUCAUGGAAGAGAAGAUCCAAGUAUGGCUAAAUAUGAAAAGAGAACAGGAGAAGCGCGAGCAACUUGUAAAACAGAGCAAAGAGGAAGAGGAGAUACAGCGGCAGCAGGAAAAACAGAGGGAGACUGAACAGAAAGCUCAGGAAAAGUACAAAAACUGGUUGCAGAAGAAGAACCAAGAAAAAAUAGACGAGGAAAAGAGGCAGAAAGAGGAAGCAGCCCUGAAGGAGGAGCAGGAGAAAGAGCGCCGCAGGAGGGCACAGGAGAAGUUUAAGGAGUGGCUGUCAAAAGCCAAUGAGAAAGGCAGAGCCAGUCCCAAAUCACCUUGUUACCAAACAGGUCCCUAUGACAAAUCCUACCCAUCACCCAGCUUCUACAAUCCGAUCCCAUGGAAACCAAUUCAUGUCCCUCCUCCAGAAACAUCUUUGAAUAAGACGUCUGGCAAGAAACCUCAGAGACAAGGAAAAUGCCAACAACGCCUCGGCACUGCUUCUAGACUGAGAAACUCUGUGAGUGCGGGACCGUCGCUGCAGAGAAGAUGACACAGCACGACUGACACCUGUGACUGUGAUACGAUAGCUUAGCUACGGCUCAACUAUGAUUUCACCACGACUCAUCCACACAACCACAGCUCCUGAACUGAGACUCUGCUGAAUCACAGAAGUAUUUCUGUUCUGUUAUAUAUGAAUGUGGUAAUUAAGAAAGGCUACCAUGUCUAUAUUUUGGAUUGUUGUAUUUAGUUGUAAUGAUGCACUAGCUCAAAUUAGUUUGGGAUUCAGAUCUUUUAUAUGAUUUUUCAAAGAUGUGUAGAAUUUGUACUAAUUCAUAAGUCUGCCUGGCUGAUAUUUAAAAGUCUAUUUUGUGUCAUCCUGUCCGUUUAAACUCUUUGCUAUUCAGAUAAAAACGGCAUAAUCAAAGUUA